AUGACUACUGUAGAGGUUAAUCUCUUCGGUUUAUUCGGAAACGCCUGGCAACACUUCUUACGGGCCAUGCCCUCAUUACUGUCCGAAUAUGGCAAGAAGUUUGAAGAUUGGAUGGUAUUGAUGUUCUAUCAAUACGGUUUAGUAUUGGGAAAGCAUCCGUUUUGGUUUUUAUGGGGUCCAUUAAUUUUCACUGCAUGCUGUACACCUGGCCUAUUCUUUCUGAAAAUCAAUCUCGAUCUCUACAAACUUUUUGUACCUACGGAUGCACCUGUCCGGUACGAGUUUGAGCGUGGUCAGGAGUUCAAUAGGAUGCCUGCUGGCAACCUCUCGAUAGAGCCAGGACAGUGGAAAAAACGUCAUCAGAAACGUCUACCUCGUGACGACCGUUACGUCUUUGAAGAUGUGGAAAUGGAACGGCUUCGACGGGAUCUCGAAUUGAUGGAUGACAUACUGCGAUUUUAUGUGGUACAUAAGAACUUCGAUAACUUACUACAAUCAAAAUACUUGGGUCCACUUUAUGACUACACAAACAAGAUGAUGAAAGUAACAGCUGAAUACAAAGGCGAACAGUACUACCUGGAAGAUUUCUGUAAAAAGGAUCCUGAUCAAACGGAAUGUGACAAUUUGUUGAACGUCUGGAUCAAACAUGCAGAUGUACUGUUCAAAGAUGGCAAAGUCAAAACGAAUCCGAAUCUUCAGCUUUCCUACCCCGUCCUUUACCUAUUCAACAGGCCAAAGGAUAUCGGAAACGUCAUUUAUGGUGUCGAUGUCAAAGGAGAGAAAAACGAGAUUCAAGGAGCGAGAUUCCCCGGGACCCCAGAAAACAAUGCGGCAUAUUUCGCCUACAGAGAGGCUCUCAUGGAUUUCUGGCACAAAGUGAUGGAGGAGACCGAAUUUGAAUUCAUUCCGCACAAUGAAAAGGCUAUGGAUGACGAAAUGAUGAAAAUUAUCGAAACAACGGUGCCCUUCGCUAUACCAGCCACUAUUAUGCUUAUGUUCUAUGUGGUGUUUUCGAAUUGGAGUUCUAAAAAAUACAUGUCAAAACCACUUGAAAUGUACCUGGGAGUGUGGUCAGUAAUUCUGGCCCUGAUCUGUACAUUCGGUAUCUUCUUCUUUUUGGGCAUCGCUUUCAAUCCUGUGACGUCAACUAUGCCUUUUCUGGUCUUGGCCGUAGGUAUUGAUGAUGAUUUCUUGAUGUUAGCGGCAUGGCGUGAGCUGGACAGGCGUAUACCACAUCAUCAAAAGGUGGCGCUUGUAAUGGCCGAUGCCGGAGCAUCGAUUACAGUGACAUCCUUCACCAACUUCUUCUGCUUUGCUCUGGGAUACUACAUGUGUUCUACUCCAGCUGUUGCUGAAUUUUGCUUGAUUACUGCCUGGGCUGUCUUGAUUGACUAUGUGAUGCAGAUUACAUUCUUCGCGGCAGUCAUAUGCUACUCAGGCCUGCCGUACAUGCACAAGUUCUUCGGCGAAGUUUUCGCUCCGUUCGUACUUCGUCGCGAUGUUCGCCUCAUCAGUUGGAUUGUCUUUGUCAUUUACACAUGCGUUGCACUCUAUGGAUGCUGUAUUCUCAAGGUGGAUAUCAGUCCUGUGAAGUACAUCAGGGACAAUUCACCAAUCCAAACAUUCGUCAAAUUGGCUGACAAAUUUAUCUGGGCCGAUAAUGUGAUGCCGACGUUCCACGUGAUGAACCCUCCUGAUCUUCGUGAUGCUGGAAAACGUGCAAAACUGAACGAACUUGUUUAUCGAUUGGAACAUACUAAUUACUCGAUAGGAAGAGUGUCGACAAACUUUUGGAUGUGGCAAUACCAGCAGUACCUUAACGAUUUCCCUGAUCAAUCGGUGUUCCUCAUGACAUGGUCAUUGCUGUCCAUUUCAAUGGGCGUCUGUGGAGGAUUGGCAAUACUCGGAUCGGACCUUGAUUCCGUCAGUAUGGGAUGUAUUGUCAUGGCUAUUGGAUUGGCUGUAGACUACUCCGUACAUAUUUGUUACCGAUAUCACCGCUCCGAAUGUACGAGAUCGUCUGAUAAAGUUCGUGACACUUUGUGCUCAGUAGGUUGGCCCAUUACGCAGGCGGUGACAUCAACUCUGUUCGGACUGGCAUCCACAGCGUUUGUCCCUGCUUACCUUGUCAGGGUGUUCUUCCAGACUGUAUAUCUGGUCAACUGUAUAGGUAUGACCUUCAUUCUUGUUUAUAAACUGUUUCUACAGAUAAGGGAGCCUGUGGCGCACUCCCCAUGA